UAUACUUCAAAAACCAUGGCGAACAAAGCGAAGGUUAUAAUUGAUACAGACUGUGGUGUGGACGAUGCUCAAGCAAUCCUGAUUACGUUAAGUAAAGAAUUUUCCGACCGUAUUGACGUCGUUGGUAUCACAUGUUGUUCUGGCAAUGUACUAGUUGAUCAAGUUGUCAUAAAUGUGCUUAAAGUUCUCACCGCAGCUGAAAGACUGGAUAUCCCCGUUUACAAAGGAGCUUCUUCACCAUUGCUGCCUGUCAAGUUUGAUGCCUCCCAUUAUCAUGGGGAUGAUGGCCUUGGUGAUUCCAAAGAGGUCCCUGAACCAGAUCUGACUCUUUUACAGAGUGAGCAUGCGGUCAACUAUCUAGUUCGAAUAAGCCAAGAAUGCCGUGGGGAAAUCACUUUGCUUACAAUUGGUCCUCAGACAAACGUCGCUCUUGCUUGCCGCAUGGAUCCAAACUUUGGUAAGAACUUUAAAAAGUUAGUUAUAAUGGGUGGCAACUAUCAAGGCAAAGGAAAUGUUACAAUUUGUAGCGAGUUCAAUUUCCACUUUGACCCAGAGGCAGCUCUGAUAGUUCUUGAGGAGUUCACUUGCCCAAUAAUCAUGGCAACUUGGGAACUAUGUAUAGAAUAUGAAAUCACGCACAAGUUUCUUGCUCAGUGUCUUGAUCAAGGCACAACUAGGAGUAAGUUCGCUAAAAAGAUAACUGCAUUUUCGCAUCAAGUACACCUUGAUCAACUGCAAGGUAUGCCAUCUGAUGUUAUACCAUGUGAUGAGUUUGCAGCAACGAUUGCUACAUGCCCAGAAAUCAUCUUAAAGCAAGAGAAUGUGUAUGCUACUGUGGAAGUGCAGGGCUGUUACACACGUGGUCAAAUGGUUAUUGAUUGGAGAAAUAAGUUGAAGAGAAGAAAAAAUGUUUUUAUUGUCACUCAGAUUGAUAUUGAAAAGUAUAAAUUGAUUUACAAGAAGUCGUUGCAAUGAUGGACAGUCCUAAGAUCUUUAAUUUGGAUAUUGAAUUUUAAACUAAUCAGCAGGUACUGAUUUUGCAAAUUUAGAUUGUCUUGUGUUUGCUUAUCAACUUACCAAAAUAGUCUAGUUUUUAAUUUUUUGUAUUGAUCAUCAAACAAAUCAAAUCCAAACAAAUUCACAACAAUUCAUUUUGUCAUUUAUUACAAAGAU